AUGUCACAAAACGAAGAUACUACAUCCACAUGCCAGCAAGAAAAAAGCAGACCAAGGUCAAAUGUUGAUACGUCUUCUGCCUCUCAAACAUCGACAAUAUCAUGUCUAUCAAAUAUUCAAACACACAUUGACCUCACAAUCAGUCAAGCCGAUCGGAAUGGUUUAGAAAAGAGCGGUGUUCUUCCGAAAACUCAUGUCAAACCACAUCCUUAUUUUGCUACUCUUUAUUCCCGCUUGUCGUUUUCUCUUAUUGUCGAAAACAAAAACAGUGCUGCCAGAGACCAUCUAGCCAAUGAACGAACGUUUCUGGCUUGGCUUCGUACUUCUCUAUCACUAUUUACUGCUGGAAUAGCCGUAACUCAAGUUUACAACCUUUCACCAAGCGCACCCAGUAAAGAUGGGGCAGAAGAAAGAGCCCGUAUUGGACGUGGUGUUGGUCUCGCCUUCUUUUUAUUGAGUAUACUGUUUCUCUAUUUCGCCAAUGUCCGCUAUUUCCACUCCCAACACACUAUGAAUAUGGGUUAUUUCCCAGCCAUAUUAAUGAAAUCGGGUGACAGCCAAGAACACAUUGUUACUCUCAUCUAUGCGAUACACAUAAUGCACUACAAGUCCCAGAUCAUCGGGAACCACGGAAUAUUUAAAGACUCUUGCCCAGAAUAA